AUGGAGUUGGGCGCCCGCUGGGGGACCUGGGGUUGCCGCGGCGUGGCGUUUCUGCGCCGCGUGAACCCCAUGCCCUAUCGGCUAAUUUUAGUGGAGCCGAAGAAAGUGCAUUGCUCUGGCGCGCACAUGGUUCUAAAGCUCAACAGCUUGGAAGGCGAGCUGAAAUGCACGCAUGCGGACGCAGCCCUCUUCUUGAAGCUGAUGGAAGACGUACCACACCUGGACCUGCUACACAUCGACAUCCAGGGGGCAGAGGGCCCGCUUCUCGCAGAUCCGCAGGUGCGGCAGGUCUUGGAGAGCAAGGUCUACAGGAUCAUCCUCGGCACGCACUGGGAGGACAUGUACCGCUUCGCGGUGGACAUCUUUCAAGCGUGGAUCACCGUCUUCAGCCUUCCGCAGGGCUUCUAUGAUUGCAUGGAAGCGGUGGGGAUCAUCCCACUGGCUUUGGCAAUCUCGCGAGUGCCACUUCAGCUGCCUGAGGCUCACGCCUGGGCCCAGCUCAGGAGCCGCAGCUGCUUCCACACUACGCCACUAGGCAGGGUCGCCAACAUCGACGGGAGCUUCAUCCUCGACAACCCGCGCUUCGUCAACGCGUCACGUGCAUUCUACUUGAAUGACAUGACGCUCCGGAUGGACGAUCUCAUCAAGUAG